AUGGGAGAAAAGCGUUCGCAGAGACAGAUUAACAUUCACCAACCAAAUAUAACCGCGGGGACUGCAGUAAAUGGAGGAACAGUUGAAAAUGUAAACGGUGAAGUAAAACUUAUGCCAAAGAAAAGAGAUAAUAAUGAGCAGAAGAAACAGUCAAAAAAGGUCGCUAUAAAGAAUAAAGAAUCGGUUGCCUCAGCUUCUAAUAAGACUGAUGAUGAUAAAGAUUUGGAAUAUAUACCUGAGUCAAACGUUAGCACAAGUGGUUCAAAAAAACGUAAGAAAUCAUCUAAAGGAGUAGAAGAG